GUGUACUCAACGGUUGAUAUAUUUGUAUGCCAACAAUUGAGUUUUUAGUGGCAAAAUAAGAACAAUAAUAAUGGACGAAAUAAUAUCAUCAGAAAGGUUAUUAGGAGAGUUAAGGGAAACCUUCAAAUCUGGAAAAACAACAAGUUUUGAAUGGAGGAAAACACAACUACAAGCUCUUUUAAGGUUGCUUGAAGAACAAGAAAACAAGUGUUUUCAAGCACUUUUUGAUGAUGUUGGAAAGAGCAAAGUUGAAGCUUUCAAGGAUGAGGUUGGACCUGCAAAGAAAGCUGUCGUUCAUGCUUUGAGUUGCUUAAAGGAGUGGAUGACUCCUAAAAAGGUUGGAAUGAGAUUACUGUUAUAUCCCUCCAAAGCAGAAAUAGUACCAGAUCCAUAUGGCCUUGUUCUGAUUAUGACAUCUUGGAACUACCCUUUAGAUUUGGCAUUGGAACCUUUGAUUGGAGCUAUAGCUGCCGGAAACGUGAUCGUCGUAAAACCCUCAGAGCUAGCACCGGCAACCUCCUCGUUUCUUGCUAACACCGUUCCUCUAUACUUGGACAACACCGCGAUUAAGGUCAUUGAAGGAGGACCGGAGGCUAGUCAACAACUUUUGCAGCAGAAAUGGGACAAGAUUUUCUACACCGGGAGUCCAAAGAUUGGUCGAAUAGUGAUGACAGAAGCUGCUAAGCAUUUAACCCCUGUGACUUUAGAGCUAGGUGGGAAGUGCCCCUUGAUCUUUGAUUACUCCUCAAUAUCCUCAAAUCUCAAGGUGGCUCUUAGAAGGCUAUCAUCUGCUAAAUGGGGCGCUUGCUGCGGGCAAGCUUGCAUCUCUAUAGAUUAUGUGCUCGUGGAGGAGAAGUUCACGUCCUCAUUGAUCGACAUGUUGAAGACAUUGGUAAGACGUCUUUAUGGGGAGAACAUAGAGACCUUGGGAAGCAUUAGCAGGAUCGUUAACAAGCGUCACUUUGACAGAGUAUGUAACUAUCUUAAGGAUCCGGCGGUGGCUGCUUCAAUUGUGCUUGGGGGAUCAUACGACGAAAAGAGAUUGCUUAUUGAGCCAACAAUCCUUCUGAAUCCCCCACUUGAUUCUGCGGUCAUGAACGAGGAGAUUUUUGGCCCAAUUUUGCCAAUAAUUACUGUGAAAAACAUUCAAGAAAGUAUUGACUUCAUCAAUACGAGGCCGAAGCCACUUGCUCUCUAUGCAUUCACACACAAUGAUGCUUUCAAAAAGCGGAUAGUCUCAGAAACCUCCUCCGGAAGCUUGGUUUUCAAUGACGUAAUGAUUCAGUAUAUUUGCGAGGAGCUACCAUUCGGAGGAGUAGGGCAAAGCGGGAUGGGAAGAUAUCACGGCAAGUACUCUUUUGAUGCGUUUAGCCAUGAGAAAUCCGUGUUGUACCGAGGCUACUUUCCUGAUCUAUCUGCGAGGUAUCCUCCAUGGAACGGGUUCAAGAUGGAGUUUUGUAGGCUAGGUUACAAAAUCGACUAUAUCAACCUUCUUCUUCUCUUGCUUGGCCUCAAAGGACAUCCCAAAGAUGACUAAUACAGUUGGAAAGAAUACAUAUGUUUUUAUUUGUUGUAUGACUUUCACUACCCACUUGCAUUUAUUUAUGCAGUUUGUAUGUUGUAUUAAUGUGCUCAUGUAUCAUUAUCAUUACCUUCAUUGCCUUCAGAGUGGAUCCGAAAACAAGCAGGUUAAGGGAGAGGAGUUGGAUGUAAUCAACCUUACCCCUGCAAUUACGAUUACAAUUACAAUUACAAUUACAAUUACAGAGAGGUUGUUUUCCAUUUA